UGAAUAGCAGAAAAAAAGAGUGUCAUCUCAUAAUCGAAUCCUUCGUUUCUGCAUUUUCUCUCUUUCACAGCACUCCUUCAGUGAGAAGCCAUGUCUCCAGGUCCCGUUGUUGACGCCGCCGCCGCCGACGCCGGAGUCGACCAACAACUUCCCUCCGUCGACGACACAACCCUCAAGAAGAAACAUCACCCGCAGCAGGAUGAUGCUCCCGUUGUCGAAGACGUCAAUGAUGACGACAAAGAUAUAACCGACGAAGACGACGAUGAUGACGAGGACGACAAAGACGACGACGACGACGCUCAAGGUGGUACUGAGGGUUCAAAGCAGAGCAGAAGUGAGAAGAAGAGCCGGAAAGCUAUGUUGAAGCUGGGACUGAAACCUGUUACUGGUGUUAGUAGGGUCACAAUCAAGAGGACGAAAAAUAUUCUUUUUUUCAUCUCAAAACCUGAUGUCUUCAAGAGUCCAAAUUCUGAGACCUACGUCAUAUUUGGGGAAGCAAAAAUAGAGGACUUGAGCUCUCAGCUGCAGACGCAGGCAGCUCAACAAUUCAGGAUGCCUGACGUGGGAUCAAUUACGGGAAAACAAGAUCAAGAUGCUGCAGCUGCAGUAGCACAGCCUGAAGAAGAGGAGGAGGUUGAUGAAACUGGUGUUGAGCCCCACGACAUUGAUUUGGUGAUGACACAGGCAGGAGUGUCAAGGAGCAAGGCCGUCAAGGCUCUCAAGACUCACAAUGGGGACAUUGUUGGUGCUAUCAUGGAACUCACUACUUAGUUACAGUUUAUGUUCUAUUUAUAGUUGUUUUUUGGGGAUGAUUUUGGAACUAGUGCCAUCCUUAUAAUAUCUCUGGUCCAUAUGGUUCUGUUUACCUUAUAAUUUUGUUGCUCUCUAAAAUUUGUGGUACGAUGUGAUGAUCAAUGAUCAUAUCUUUACUAUUAUUUCGUUGUUUUCA